UUUGCCAAAUUAUAAUGAGCUAAUAUAUUCUAUAAAUAUGAACUUACAAAAUGAGUGCGUUAUUUCAAAACACAUCAGGUCUCUCGGCUACAUAGAGAUUCUUUAGUGUUUUACCAACGUAAUAAAAAAUAUCGACUAUGAAGUUUGAUCCAGAGCUAAUGUUUGAAUGUUUGUUGUACAUAAAUGCCCACUAUUUCCCAGUUAUUGCUAUCAGUGAGAUAUCAAUGCUUACAGCAAAAUAUUUCAGUGAUAAAAAAGAUACUCCAAAUAUAGAUCAGGAUGCAGUAGUUUGUUUAACAAGACAUGUUUGUGAAUUAAUGAAACUUGUAAUGUUUCAAAGGUUUAAAUAUACACAUAAAAAAUUAAUUACUCUGUUCUCCAUCUUCCUAACCUUCAUGACAGUGGGGACAGUUUAUUACAACGUGAACAUACAACAUCCUAUUUUAAAGUUAGAGAUUAUAUUAAGUGUUUUAACAACCCUUUUGGAAGCCACUGAAAUAUUUUUUGGGUGUUGGUAUUUAAUGCCAUGCUAUAAGAAAGUAGAAUAUUUUUAAUAAAAUUUAAAAUAGUGCAUAA